AUGGAUUAUCUCAUAAGCAAAUUCCUCGACGAAAUCCUCGAGAACAUAAUCUCGCAUUUGUCGAUAAAAGACGCAGCAGCAACGAGCAUCCUCUCGCACAGGUGGAGACACUUAUGGAAAUACAUUGAUUAUCCUAUUCUCGACAUCGACCUUUCAGCUUUAAUCUCCAUCUCCACAUACGAAAAUCUAUCUUCACAACCUGUAAGAAGCGAAAUACUGAGUUUACUGUCGACCAUCUUGGAUCAACAUCAAGGCUCAACCAUACCCGAACUCAGAAUUCGUUUUCCUUAUUGCUAUUCCAGCUUCAGGGGUGAAGUCGAUGCACGCCCGUUAGUUUGUUGGAUUAAGGCAGCCGUUAACAAGAAAGUUAAAAAUCUUUUUCUACAGUUCAACACAUUGGGUGGUAAUACUAUUACCAAUGCUCGGGUAUUCCGAACACUUCCUUCCAGUUUUAGUUCUCUCGUAUCUCUUCGCCUUGUAGCUUUACAUUCUUUAUAUUCUCAAACAUUGAUCAACUAUUUUUUAUUGAAUUCUCCGCUUUUAGAGGUGUUAUUCAUUCAAAGGUGCUCCGGCUUGACAAACUUGAAAAUCUACUGUCUGAACCUAAAACAUCUUACUUUGAGUGAUAUCUCUAUUGAACGUCUUGAAAUAUCCGCACCAAAUCUCGAAUCUUUCAAGUUUCAACACGAGUCUGAGCCGACUCUUCUGUUUAAAAAUGUUUCGUCUCUCAAGCAUAUGUCUUUGGAGGGAUUCGACUCUUACAGGCUUGUAGUAAGUAGUAAUCGAAACCCUAUUUUUGCUAACUCAACUCGACUCGCUUGCAUUGACAAAACUACGCCAGGCGGAUAUAGCUUCUAG